CAAAACCUUUAAAUCCUGCCGACUGUAUCUUUGCAAAAAUUUGUCUGUAUUUCUGAGCAAGUGCCUUUUGGACAAUAAGUUCUAGACUGCAGAGCGAGAGAGCACCAUGUGCAACCCAAUGCCAGGACCUAUUUGUUUGGUGGAAAAUGUGAAUGGUGAACUUCGUGUGAGUGAUAGAGCUAUUGAGUACCUGUCCAAGAAUGAACAGCCAGUGGUGGUGGUGUCUGUGGUAGGACUCUAUCGCACAGGAAAGUCUUACCUCAUGAACCGCCUGGCAGGAAAACAAACUGGCUUUGCUCUAGGCAACACCAUUGAGUCAAAGACUAAAGGUAUUUGGAUGUGGUGUGUGCCACACCCUGUAAAGCCAGGACACACUCUGGUGUUGUUGGACACUGAGGGACUGGGGGAUGUUGACAAGGGAGACUCUCAAAAUGAUGCCUGGAUCUUCUGUCUGGCUGUCCUUCUUAGCAGCACUCUGGUCUACAAUAGCCGUGGAACCAUUGAUAACACAGCAGUGGAAAAACUACACUAUGUCACAGAGCUUGCAGAGCAGAUUAAGAUCAAAUCGCCUGCAUCCAGUGCAGCUGGGGAGGAGGAGGAGGAGGAAGAAGACUCUCAGUUUGUGCAGUUUUUUCCUAACUUUAUCUGGGCAGUGCGUGAUUUUGUACUGGAGCUGCAGAUUGAGAAUAAGGGUCAAGUGACUGAGGAUGAGUACCUGGACUUUGCCCUGCAGCUGAAGAAAGGUCUUAGUAAGAAGGACACCAACUACAAUCUUCCAAGGCAGUGUAUUCGAAACUAUUUUCCAACCCGCAAGUGCUUCGUUUUCCCGUUACCUGCCUCCCAGGACAAAAUGGUUCACCUUGAGAGUCUGGAUGAGAGGGACAUUUGGCCCAAUUUUUUGAACGUUACACAGCGUUUCUGCGACUAUGUUUUUGCUGGCAGCAACGUUAAAACAGUAAAAGGAGGAUACAGAAUCACAGGGAGGCUGUUUGGUCACCUAGUACAGUCAUAUGUGGAGACAAUUUCUAGUGGGAAAGUCCCGUGUCUGGAGAAUGCUGUGGUUGUAAUGGCGAGGCUAGAAAACCAGGCAGCUGUGCAGGCAGGGCUUAUGCUAUACCAGAGUAAAAUGGAACAGGUGAAGAGUUUGUUUCCAGUCAGUCUGAGUGAAAUUGCUGCUAAGCACCAGAAGAUCAGUAACCUGGCCAACAGUGAGUUUAUGAAAAGGUCCUUUAAAGAUGAAGAUGGGGAAUACUUCAAGAAACUGGUGGAAGAAGUAGAUAAGCACUAUGCUGAGCUAAUUGUUCAGAACAUGGAGGCAUCAGAACAGAAGUGCCUGCAGAUUCUGUCCGAUCUAUACAAGGACAUUAAUGAGCAUGUGCAGCAGGGGCAGUAUGCAAAACCGGGAGGAUAUAAGCUCUAUUGCACACACAGAGACAAUGUCAUUACCCAGUACCACAGUCAGCCCAACACGGGAAUCCAGGCUGGGGAGGUGUUGGAGAAGUUUCUGAGUGAGAAAAGUUUGGAGGCAAAAUUAAUUCUCCAGACUGAUGAACAACUGACUGAAAAUGAGAAAAAGAUUCAAGAGGAGAAAGAACAAAAAGAUUUGUUACAGCGGCAGUGUGAAGUCGAACAGGAGAAAAAGAAGAAUGUAGAGCGACUGAUGCAGGAGGAAAAAGAGCACCAUCAGCAACGGCUACAGCAGUUGCAGACGAAGUUUGAGGAGGAAAAGUUGCUGCAGCAGCAGGAGCUGGACAGAGCAGUGGAGUGCAAACUGACCGAACAGAAAGCACUCCUACAGAAAGGGUUUGAUGAGAGAGCCGGGCUGUUGGGGUUGGAGAUUGAGCAACUUAAAAAAGAAAACAAGGGAAAAUCUGUCGACUUUUUCAGAGAUUAUAUCAUGCCUAUUGCAGAGAUUGGCAAAGAUAUUCUUUCCACAUUCUGUGAGUAUAAAAUCAUGAGGAAAGCUCUGAAAAACAAAUUUUAAUUAUUUGUAAUUUAUCGAGACGUUUCUAUGCAAGUGGAAGAGUAAUUCCAUCAGUGAAAUAUAAUUAGUUAAAAGUCUAUAUUAAAAGUAGGCCUAAGUCUAGAAAUGUGAUAACUCCCAGGUCCUGGUGUGAGCUGAAAGUAGUUUUAUUCGUUAACAUUUUUAUCAUGUAUCAUUAUCGAUUCAGAGAAUAUUGAUGAUUAUUUGUUCUACACUGCAGUAGAAACGAAGAAACAAUUAGUGUAGACGAUUUAUAUAACAUGGUAAGUGAUCAAUAAUAAUUUGGAAAGAUACCAUUUUAGCUGUCUGGUAAUUUAUUGUUAAGUACCAGGAUCAAUGGUAUGAUUCACUAAAUGAUUCAUUGAACGAUUCACUAAAUGAUUCACUGAUUCGAUUCACAGACUCGAUUCAUUGAAUGACUUCAAACGAUUCAAAUGAGACUGAUUCUAUGGUAUGAUUCAAUUCAAAUGAGUUAAAUUAAACGAUUCAAUAGGAUUGAUUCAUUUUAAUUAUUAACCUUCAAAUUUUAAUGAGACUGAUUUCAUGUAAUUAUUAAAGAUUGAUCACUUAUCCAAUCCUAAAUACACAAUCAUUAAUUACACCUACACUAAUAACCUAUUGUAAAAUGUAUUAAUGGGAUGCAACAUCACUCGCUGUUACAGAUGGGAGCCCAGGAAUUAAAUAAAUGCAAUAAAAUAAACUGUUUUUAAUUGAAGGUAUUGUAUUUAAAACUGUAUGGAUCUGCCAGAAGCCAACAUAAAACCAUGCAUUCAGGGCAUUCUCAGUCAAAAAGGAUUAAUGAUCCAAAAGUGGAGUCUGGUCAAUUAACACAAGAACUUAUUGUCAUGUUUGUGUACAGAAAACAAUCAAUUAUUAAAACCAAGAAGUACACUCAAAAGAAGUGGAUAUAGAAACCACUCAAUGGGAUUUGAUCAUUACAUGCUAACAAAGAAGGAUUUUUCCUAUGAAAAACUUUUCUAGCUAAAUUUGCCAUUGGUCAAAUAAAUUUGGAUCCUAUUGUAGCUGUAACUAAAUACAAAGACAAUAGUUAUGCAAACUAUUAAUUAACUUAAUGUGAAGAUAAUUAACAGAUAAUCAACAUAUGUAAGGGUUUUUAUUUUAAGAUUGUGUAUAUUUUUAGUCUUUUUGCAUUUGUAAUUAUUUGUUUCUGUACAUGCAUGACCCCACCAGCUCUGCUGGUCAACUUAUUGUGUUUAAAUAAAGUUAUUUAUUCAUUCA